CCUAAUUAAAGACAAUCUGAAGAGGAAAGAGAGAGAGAGAAACGGAGGGUCCUCCGUCCAAGCUCCGAACGUCAAGGGCGGACGUGAGAAAUCGCCGCCCCAACGGGCGGUGGAGAGAGCAUCAAUCCCACGCCACUCACAUCCGCUUCUCUCUCUCUCUAUCUCUAGCUCUAGCUCUGCAAAUUCAAAGCCCGAAGCUCUUCCCCCACUUCCCGAAUCAAAAGACGAAAGUGGAAGCGUGACCUGAUUCUUGUAGAGAGUGAGAUUUGAGCGAGAGCGCGCGCACGCACGUACACACACACCAUGUCGUGGCAAACCUACGUCGACGAUCACCUCAUGUGCGACAUCGACGGCCAGGGCCAGCACCUCUCCGCCGCCGCCAUCGUUGGCCUCGACGGCAGCGUCUGGGCUCAGAGCUCCACUUUCCCCCAGUUCAAGGCUCCAGAGAUUGCUGGCAUUCUGAAAGAUUUCGAGGAACCGGGUCAUCUCGCCCCGACAGGUUUGCAUCUUGGCGGCACCAAGUACAUGGUUAUUCAGGGGGAGCCCGGCGUCGUCAUUCGCGGGAAGAAGGGAUCUGGAGGCAUUACAAUCAAGAAAACCGGGCAAGCUCUAGUUUUCGGGGUCUACGAGGAACCUGUGACUCCAGGACAGUGCAACAUGAUCGUCGAGAGGCUCGGAGAUUACCUGAUCGAUCAGGGCCUGUAGGCCUCUGCUCAACUCCAUCCAUCCGGUAUCCCGGUCCGCGGUCUAGCUUUUUGGCUCAUCUUCCGCAUCUGAGUUUGCGCAUCCUGGAUCAACAAGUUGCGCGAAAUGACCGUGUGGCCGUAAGGUAUUUCGUUCCCCGGGUGUUCUUGGCUUGUUUCCCUUGAUUUUCACAUACGACACUUCAUAUAUUGUAUCAACCUUUUCCUCUUUGGGGUUUACGGUGCUGGCAAUAGAUUUUCAAGUUUUGACU